AGAGAGAGAAAGCAUUAAUUGGAUGGUAACUAUUAUGAGACUAUUGCAGAUUCCCCCACUCCUUUCCCUCCGUCCAUAAGUACCCCUUUCCUCUGCCGCCGCGCAUUCCCUACAAACUCAACACAACCAAAAGAUUUGGUCCAAAACACCUUUCACUCUUUCUCUCUCUCUCAGCCAUGGCCGCAACAGUUCCACUAUGCAUUGCCUCGUUGGUUACUCUUUUCGUUGCCACCAGUGCCAGAAUUCCCGGUGUCUACACCGGUGGUGCAUGGCAGGGUGCUCACGCUACUUUCUACGGUGGAAGCGAUGCCUCUGGAACAAUGGGUGGGGCAUGUGGGUACGGGAACCUAUACAGCCAAGGGUAUGGGGUGAACACUGCAGCAUUGAGCACGGCAUUGUUCAACAGUGGGUUGAGUUGCGGCGCGUGUUUCGAGAUAAAGUGCGACCAGGAUCCACGGUGGUGCAACCCUGGGAGGCCUUCCAUCGUCAUCACCGCCACCAACUUCUGCCCUCCCAACUUCGCCCUUCCCAGCGACAAUGGCGGCUGGUGCAACCCUCCGCGCCCCCACUUCGACCUCGCCAUGCCCAUGUUCCUCAAGAUCGCCCAGUACCGUGCCGGGAUUGUUCCCGUAAGCUACCGCCGGGUUGCAUGCAGAAAGGCUGGUGGAAUUAGAUUCACGAUCAACGGCUUUCGUUACUUCAACCUGGUUUUGAUCUCCAACGUGGCGGGUGCAGGGGAUAUCGUGCGCGUGAGCGUGAAAGGAAGCAAAAGUGCGUGGAACAGCAUGAGCCGAAACUGGGGGCAAAAUUGGCAAUCCAAUGCCAAUUUAGUGGGCCAGGCCCUUUCCUUUAGAGUCACGGGCAGUGACAGACGCACGUCAACCUCGUGGAACGUGGCGCCUUCUCAUUGGCAGUUUGGUCAGACCUUCACGGGCAAGAAUUUUCGCAUCUGAAACAAAAAUUUAAACAUAAAUGUCUGUUUUCGUAGCUUUCGUUUUUUUUUAUUUAAUUUUUUUAUCUAAAAUGUGAGAUGAUUUUAGUUCUGGUCUUUUGGAUUUAAAAACGCGUCUUAAUCCCUUGAAGUUAAAAAAUAUAAUUCUGAUUUUUAAAUAAGAAAAUUUAGACAUUAAAAUCACUUUUUAAAAUUAGAAUUUGAAAGUAUAUCUUUUUAAUUUCAAGGGAUUAAAAAGGUUUUCUUUUCAAGUUAGAAAACCAAUAUUAGAAUUAUCUUGAAUUUCUAGACUAAAACUAUAACUAAGUUUUAUUUGACUUUGGUUUAGUUUUUCCCCCUUCAAUUUUCCUUUAUUUUCCCGGGAAAUUUUGAAGGUGUGUUGGGUAAUGUGUGUGGGGACAAAAGGUAAGAGAAGGGUAGAUAAGUUAAAGUGAUGGUGGGUAUGGUUUGGUUUUUGGAAGGUGAAUCUGUGUGUGAUGUUAUUAAUUAGUAGUGAAGUGUAAUUGGGUGUUGCUGGCAUAUUUAUUACCCAGCAAUGCUUUUUGACUUAGUGGGCUGAGGAGGCUGCAAAGUUCAUGUAGCCCGCAUCUCCUUUAUGUAAUAUGUUUCAGUUAUAAUGUAUGUCUCUUUCUUUAAAUUGCAUCAA